AUGGUGUUCGCGACAGAAGCGGAGGACGUUGACCGAAGUCCCCAGCUUUUGGGCGAUGGGAACAACUCACAACAUUCCGACACUGACGUUGGAAAUGGCGAUUAUACCGCCAAAGCAGGGCAGUUGAAUUUUGACCAGUAUACUCGUGGAGGACUGGGUCGGCAUUUGGGUGUGUUCUCGACGACCUUUCUGAUCGUGGGAAGAAUCAUUGGCACCGGUAUUUUUUCGACGCCAUCUUCUGUGACUAGCAGCGUCGGCAGCGUAGGAGCUGCAAUGCUGCUGUGGGUACUGGGUCUUCUCUUGGCUGGUGCUGGUCUUUGUGUCUGGCUUGAAUUCGGAUGUAUGAUACCGCGCAGCGGAGGAGAAAAGGUAUACCUGGAAGCUGUCUACCGGCGACCGAAAUUAUUGAUUACUGUGGUCUUUGCUACCCAGGCCAUUGCGCUAGGAUUUACAGCUUCUGGGUGCGUUGUGUUUGCCUCCUAUGUGGUUGUGGCAGCUGGGAGAGAGGCAUCAGAGUGGGAAGAGCGAGGAGUUGCCAUCGCAGUAAUUGUGUUCAUUACACUGAUGCAUACAUUUCUGCCUAAGUGGGGCGUUCGGGGCAUGAAUGUUCUCGGAGUGUUCAAAAUCGCACUUCUACUUUUCAUUGUCGUCACUGGUUGGGUGGUAUUGAGCGGUCGUGUGUCAAGUGUGCCAGAUCCAUAUGCCAGCUUCCAUAAUUCCUUUGCCGGAUCUGCAACAUCCAGCAAUCCCUACGCGAUUGCGUUGUUCAAGGUCUUGAACUCAUAUACGGGAUGGUCAAAUGCGGCCUAUGUCCUCAAUGAAGUUCGUAAUCCUGUCCGGACCCUAAAGAUUGCCGGCCCUGUCGGGCUUUCUAUCUGUGGAGUCCUAUAUCUACUCGCCAAUGUGGCUUACUAUGCCGCGGCAACCCCAGAAGAGAUCGCCAACAGCGGAGUUACGGUGGCUGGUUUUUUCAUGGGAAAGGUCUUUGGCUCUGCAGCCGAGCGCGCGUUAAGCGCCUUGGUUGCCAUAUCCAGUUUUGGAAAUGUAAUGACCGUGACUUUCGCCCAAGCCCGAAUCAACCAGGAACUUGCGAAGGAAGGGGUAAUUCCAUUUCCCAAGUUCUGGGCUUCUAGCUGGCCAUUCGGGUCACCGUCGUCUGGUCUGCUGUUGCAUUUUAUUCCAUCUUUCAUUGUGAUCGUAGCGAUUCCAUUUGGCGAUGCCUAUGAUUUCAUCCUGGAUCUGGAAGGGUAUCCAGCCAGUGUCAUCAACUUCAUGGUUGUCGUGGGUCUUUUCUAUCUUCGAUGGAAGUCUCCGAAUCUCCAUCGGCCCUUUCGUGUUUGGUGGCCUGUUGCAUUCUUCUUCAUGGUUGGCCAAUCCUUUCAGCUGGUGGCGCCAUUCAUCAGACCCCCGGGAGGGAAAGGGGAUACAUCUCUUCCUUACUGGUUGUCAUCGGUUAUCGGUAUUGCAAUUCUGCUUCUUGGAGUGCUGUACUGGUUCGUCUGGCAGAAGGUGCUUCCCACACUUGGAAGAUAUCGACUUGCUCCAGAGCAUGAAGAGCUUUCAGAUGGCACAACGGUUGUGACAUACAAAAAGAUCAAAUAG